GCUUCCGGUGGCAGUCGCUUCUCCGUGAGAACGGCCGGAGUCGGAGCGGGCCGGUCCGGGUCCGCUGUGUCUGUGUGGGGGUGUGCCUGUGACCGUAGUAGCGACCGUGCUGUGAUCGGUGCCGUUCUGUUCCCGCGGUGUUCCGACCCCGACGGGUCUGUGUCGGCGCGGUGGGCGGUGGGCGGCGAGGUAUGCGUGCCCGCGUGCCGGCCGGACGCGGCGCGCUCCCCUGAGGCCCUCCGGCGCGGUUAUGGCGCUCCUCAGACACUGCUUUUUCUGCUCGCUGCUGGUGGCCUGCGUCACCUGCGGCGUGAUCGAGGCCAUAGCAUACCUGAUUGCUUUUGGUGUGCAGCUAUGGUGGAUCGUCGACACAAAAGAGACGAUGCCAGCACCAGCCUACAUUCUGUGUGCGGGCUACCUCAUCAUGCUGCUUAUAUCCCUCAUAAUGCUCAUUGGGAUAGCGAUGAAACGCUCACGGUACCUUCUCGCCUGGCUUCUGGUCAUGAUUGUCUUCUUCUUCCCUGAGAUGGGCAUGGUGCUUUUUAUGAGCAUAUAUCAUUGGAACAUUGAAUCAGACUACGGUCUUGGUGACCUCGUAUUCUACAUAUGCAGAGCUGGAUUAAAUCUGGUUUCUCUAAUAUGUAUCCAAUCAUUGCACGCUACAUGGAAGGAAGAAAAGUUUUCGUUGCAUAGGUUGGAGUCGCUAAACAUGAAGGUGGGUCCGUCCGUUUUGCGGAACGGCGCGGUGGACCGGGCCUUCCACGGCGGGGCCAUCACCUAUACGAACGGGGUGCCGAUGGCGGCACCGGCGCUAGUCAGAUCGGUAUCGUCGGCGUCUCAGUACGCGGCGGCGGCUGCACGCUCGGGACGUAGUCAGUUCAACGCCGCCUUCUACGGCCUGGGCGGCGGUGCGCCCGUGGUACGGGCUCAGAGCGCGCUAGGUGUCGGCGUCGGCGAGUUCCCCACCUUCGCGUACGAGGUGCCGCACCUGGUGUACGUGCCGCGGUACGGUACCCAGUCGCUCGACCGGCGGAAGAUGGGUCGCGGGCCGCGCAGGAGCACCUCCAUGGACGCUCUCAACCUGGGCGGCUCGCUGGUGCCGGGCGUGACGCCGUGCCACUGCUGGAUGGCAGCCGGUCAGCCGCGGCGGCAGCACGAGAGCAGGAGCUCGCUGGGAGCCGAGUCGGACUCAUACCGGUACAGGGACGUGGCGCUCUGACCGGUGUACCGGGUCGGGUACACUGGUCGUACCGGUACAGAGACGUGGCGCUCUGACCGGUGUACCAAGUCGGGUUCACUGGUGUGGUGAGCUGGCGGACAGUUGUGUCCUCUGGUGGCCUCUAGUGUGCUCUGCUGGCUCUGCUCGUCUUCCGGGACGGGAAGACGCGAACUGUGGCCUGCCUGGAGAGCCAGGUCAGAAGAGCCGCCCCGCUCUGAGUGCUAGUGACGGAUAGAAUCCGGGAAAACGGGACAGCAGAUGGGAUGGUAGUGGGUUCGUAUUCAGGGAGCGUCAAACUGCCGCCGAGCUAACGGUCGGAAAACGGAGUAGAAUACUGCCUCACAGUGUCGAUAGUGGCGCUUUGUGGCUCGUUCUGUAUGAAUGGACCCGGUACCUGACCGCCUGGGUCUCCCGGUCGCCGCCGUCGGCUCGGGGCUGGCUCCCGGCGCGUGUCGACGUCUCGCGGAGGCCAUAUGGUGAUGUGGGGGUGAGGCGGCCGUCGGUGCCGCCUCAGAGAGCGCCGGCCUUGUCAGAAGAGAGUGGCGUCAUCACUCCCGCCCACUCCGCCAACACACCGUGUGUCGACAUUGAAACAGGGGAGUGCCGCUCUCCGUGACGGUGAGUGCCCUGACAUCUACCGGUAGGAUAAGGAGGUAGGUGGUUGUGCUGCCAUCUGUUGGGAAGGUACAGAGGUUGAGGUCCCAAGGUGAGGUCUUCUCAGGUGAGCUUACUGCCAUCUGCUGGUAGUGCGUAAAACCUGUGCCUGCCUCGCUGAACCAUUGAGGUGCUGGUGCUGCCAUCUCUCGGCGUAGUUGCGUUUGAAGGAUGCUCUCGACUCCUCAGCUGGCCGUCAUUGCCUGCUUACGAGUGUGCCUGCUGGUUCACCGUUCCGUGCUUCUAUCCUCAGGAUACUGAAAUCCUUCUCCUCCACGCCACAACCCCCCUCCGGGC